AUGGCGUUACCUCACACUGUUCACGGAGCCUCAGGGAGUGGCUCUUCAGAAAAGGUCACUAAACUCAAUACUCUCGUGCCCGACCUUUGGAUCAUCCCUUGUCAACGGAUCGUUGAAGAAGGGCAAAGACCAGCUGUUCUAAGCACCCUGAUUCCUUCUGAAACUCGCAAAUCACGGUCGACGGUCUUUUGGCGGAAAUACAAGCAGAUUUGGAGGACCAAAAAGAGACUUUCUGCCAUCGAAGCCGUUGGCCAGUACAACAGGCUUCUCAGUUGGAGGGGUUGUUUCUUCACUGAUGACAAUCACGCCUCAAACAUGUCUUCGACGAUGCCGUUACUAGAUGCCCUCCCUGUUGCUGUUUGGUCCCACGUCUUGUUUGAUGAAAUUCUAUUGGGGCCACUUGCGUUGCUCAAGUGUGGACUUCCUCCUAUUAACAUCAAGGGGAAUGGGACAUUGGACUCUCAGCUGCAUACUAUGAUUUCAAGGCGUAAUGACAAGUACAAAGGAUUCAUUGAUCGCCCGACACUACACGACGGUCUAUUUGAUCCUGGACACCAUGCGCUCCAGAAUCAAAGGCAAAACGUCAACGAUACACAGAAUGUUGAGAAGGUCUUUAUUGAGAUCUCGGACGACUCGGACUUGGACUUGGACGUUCCUUUGGGUAUUGAAUAUGUCGUCAAGCAGGGGAGGGGAGGGACAUUGCUUAACACCCAAAACGCGUCUGCUCAGCAUGGAACUCACCCAGAUACUCACGAGGAUCGUAGUGCUCAGGCUCUAAGGGAACCCUGGGAUCCUGGAUUUCAACGAGUAACAGCACUUUCGGUUCUCGGUUUACGACCUUGUAUGGAACCACCGGGUUGUAGCUUCCAACCUCUGAUGAAACCUCGGGAAGGCAGCGAGCAACCUCAAAGGGGUUGGAAACCGCCGCCUCUUGAUCACGGCUCCCAGCCUCUAACGACCCCUCCAGAUCGCGGUCUGCUCCCUACAACGCCGGCUCGUUGCCCAGCUUAUCGCCGUCGCCCAUUUGGAAAUUUGGACGACGAGCUUGAUCAAUACGAUGACGAUGACGAUGAUUAUGAUGACCACGACUACAUCGAUGACAGCGAGACCGACAGCUCAGAUUAUAUCUGGGAACCGCGUUCUUCAAAGCAACGGAAGUCUCCACUCAAAAAGACCCUGCUGACUUGCCUUCCGGGUCCCUCUGCACCUCAGCCAAAGCUACCUAUUGUUCGUUGUAAUGGGCAGUCAACAUCGGGGAACCCCAAUCCCGCGGUUACGUCUGGUCAGAUUUCUCAGGCGAGAGGUCGGCGUCCUUAUCAACGCUACGUCCUGGGGCCAUUCCCAUUCCCAUCGGCCUGGGUGGUGGAGGUGCAUCAGAGUCCGAAUCUGCUGCAGGCCUUGGAAUCCUCCCCAUCCCAGCCCGAGGAUCAUGUAUCGUACUCAUCCGCUCGAAUCCCUCUUUGA